UUCACUGCCAGAAACUGUGGGCUUCACUCAGUGUUAUUUAGACGUCACUUUUAGAUGGACGCGCGAAUUUUGACAUAACGCGAGGCGCGAAAUUCGAACACAUUUUAAAUCAGUGUUUUUUUUUUGUGUGUGCUGUGUGGUUGUUGAUUAUUUUGUGUUUUGUGCCAGUGUUUUUAUAGAAAAAUGCCUGCGUACGACAACGAAGGGGCGACGAUAUCAAUGGAAGAUGUCCGAACCGAACCACCAAUCACAAUAAGCACAAUCGAAGAGGAACUGACAGCCAGAAGGAUCCGCAUGCUAAAGACACAGAAGUCGACAGUGUCUUCUAGAAAGCAGCAGGCAGUAUGUGUCAGGAGGGCGCACAAAAAGUAUGGACCGUCGAAGAAUCCAAACAUCAUUUUGGAUGGGCUCAACAUGACUGUGCCUAAAGGUGCCAUAUACGGUCUCCUCGGCGCAUCAGGCUGUGGGAAGACCACCCUUCUCUCCUGCAUAGUGGGACGUCGACGACUGAACUCCGGGGAAAUAUGGGUGCUUGGUGGUAGACCAGGUGGGCCGGGGAGUGGAGUACCGGGACCUAGGAUAGGAUACAUGCCACAGGAAAUCGCUCUCUUCGGCGAGUUCUCUAUUCGGGAGACAAUGGUAUAUUUCGGCUGGAUAGCAGGCAUGGACACCAAGGAUGUCGAAAUGAGAAUUGACUUCUUAAUAGCUCUUCUUCAGUUGCCCAACGCAUCCAGGCCGGUCAAAAAUCUCUCUGGAGGUCAGCAAAGAAGAGUGUCGCUGGCCGCUGCCCUGAUCCAUGACCCAGAACUUCUUAUAUUAGACGAGCCAACAGUUGGAGUCGAUCCUGUCCUUAGACAAAGCAUCUGGGACCAUCUGGUGGAGAUAACGAAAGGCGGCAGAACAACUGUCAUCAUAACCACUCACUACAUAGACGAGACGAAGCAGGCUAACAUUAUUGGUUUGAUGCGUGGAGGCAGGUUCCUAGCCGAGGAGGCGCCUUCAGAGCUCAUCCGCAGAUACCAGGCAGACAGCCUGGAAGACGUCUUCUUGAAGCUGUCAGUGCUUCAGAACAUGGGGAAGAGGAGGCGGUCCAGUAUCCUUGCUGACGUGGUGGAUAAAGUGGAGCUGCCUGGUAUACCUAACCCGGCAACAAUAGAUCUAGAAGAGGCGGAAAUAGGCGAGAUCUCAGGUGAAUUUGGGGACAACGUCUCCAUGAGCAGCAAAGGCCGCGUGGUGGUCACUCCAGAGCUAAUGGCCCCCGUGGAAGCCCUGCCUCCCGAAGAAGAAGUCCACAGGAACUGCCUUGAGAGGAUCAAGCCAAUGAAAUGGCAUCAUAUGAAAGCACUUAUUUGGAAGAAUGCGCUGAGUUUGUUUAGGAAUUUCGGGGUCCUCGCCUUCAUCAUCGGUUUACCCGUGAUGCAGAUGAUACUCUUCUGCAUAGCAAUCGGUCAUUACCCAGUAGGGUUGCCCCUCGCUGUAGUCAACUAUGAGACGAACAACAGCAUGGCCCUGUGUGACUACGACAAGAAUGUCUGUCCCCAGGAUAAGGAGACUUAUGAGUGGAACAUCACGUUCUUCAGUUGUCAGUAUUUGGAUCAUUUGAAGCUACGUCAGGAUAAUUUGGUCUACUUCCCCACCGAGCAAGAAGCUAUGAAAGCAGCAAGAAAAGGCAAAGCGCGAGCGGUCCUGAUAAUUCCGUCCAACUUCACGACAUGCUUGCAGGACAGAAUGACCGACCCGAGACAUACAGACAAUUUCACCAUAGACAACUCUAUGAUCACUGUGCAUAUUGAUGAUACUGACAAGCAAGUUGAGUGGAUGUUGACUCGUGACCUAAUGUCAGCACUGUCCAGCACCACGGAACAUCUGACCAAGAUCUGCGAUCUGCCUCUUAGGAUGAUGACUUUGCCUGUCAAUUUCCAUGAUCCCCUUUACGGUACAAAGGAGCCAGAUUUCACAGAUUUCGCUGGACCAGGAGUAAUACUUACGAUCAUUUUCUUCCUGGCCGUGGCUCUGACCUCCGGCGCCAUGUUGGCUGAACGUAAUGAGGGAAUUCUAGAACGUUCGCUGGUCUCUGGAAUUACCGGCACAGAGAUUCUGUUCUCUCACGUGGUGGUCCAAAUGUUUGUGAUGACAGUCCAAUCUCUGAUGGUCCUCUUGAUUGGCUUCGUGUGGUUCGAGCUGACCCACAAAGGGCCUUUAGGGUGGGUCAUCGUGCUGGUACUCAUCACUGGAUUGUGUGGCAUGACCUUCGGUUUCGUCGUAUCGUGUGUAUGUGAUACAGACAGAACAGCCACCUACAUGGCUUUGGGGUCUUUCUUACCCAUGGUUUUGCUUUGCGGCAUCAUAUGGCCAGUUGAAGGAAUGCACAUAGUCCUCCAAUGGAUAAGCUACGUCCUCCCUCUCACGAAGUCCACCGAGUCUCUCCGGUCUAUGCUCCAAAGAGGGUGGACCAUCUCCGUCCCCACUGUAUACUCCGGGUUCAUAUCUACUAGCAUCUGGAUCGCUAUAUACUUGACCACGAGUAUUUUGCUGCUCAAGUUCAAAAAGGGGUAAAACAGUUGACGGUAUUUAGUUUUCAUUGAUUUAGUUUGGUAUAUGGACACGUUUUGUGUGUUUUGUCGUCCAUGUAAUUUAAUUAUUUAUCUAUACUAUUAUUAUAAAGAGGUACCUAAGCGUUUGUGAGUUUGUAUGUUUGAGGUGGUUAGGUAAUCUCCGAAACUACCGAAGCGAUUUCAAAAAUUCUUUGUUGAUGAUGGUGGCAUUGCAUUUUGUUGUGAUUGUCUUCAGUACAAAAAGGGCAAGGUUUUUGUGAAUCUGAAUUAUGGUGUGUUGAAUUCAAGGAUUGACAUAAUUUAUGAAUGUCAAUAUUGGUUAUCAUAAUAACCAAUAUUGACAUUCAUAAUGGUAUUUAGUUAUACUUGUGUGAUCCAUUUAUGAAAAUGUCGUAUAAUAAAAAGCAUAAUUAAUAUUAUGUAAAUAUAUAACAAUAAAUAUACAUGUUUGUGACUUAGGAUGGGUUGUUAUUCUGCGCACUUUAACAUUUGAAUGUUAAAUAAAUUUUAACGCAACUCACUGUAAGGGAGUAAAUGAGAAUUAAAAUUGUAGGUUAUUCACUAUGAGACCAUACGACUGUGGCCAAAUAGUCUAAAAACAAUGGUGUAGUCAUAUGGUGCAUGUAAAAAAAGGAGUUCCUUUUUGUCAACCUUUUGACCGUACACGUAAUCAGUUAAUUGUUGAAAAUUAUUUUCUUAAUUAGAAAGUCGAUUCUAUACUAUUGAUAAAUCAUUGAGAUACAAUUAUGAUAUAACGCAAAAUCGACUUUUAAUAUCGUUUUGUAAUAUUUACUUUUCUUUUGUUAUGUUUAUUUGAUAUAGUUACUUUUUUUUCACUUAAUUUAGAAUUAAGUAGAGAUGAGAUAAAUGUAGUUGAUUUAUAAUUUUGAGUCAAAUAAGUAUGAGUUGAUAUAUAUAUAUAUUUACAAAAUAGUUAAUAUAUUUGACAUGCAUUACAUUAGGGACGACUAACAAAUUAUAUACAUUUGCUAAUUAGUUUGUAGGUUUGUUUGUACGGGUUAAAAUGGUCUAUUAACUAUUACAGGUUCGCGGAUACUAAACGGCUUUAUCAGACACUAUCAAAGUUUUUUUUGUGUCUCGUCUAGCAUCCGCGAAAGUGAUUUAGCUAAAAUUUAAACAAAUUAAGAUCAGUUUCAUAUUUAAAUUCGAAGCUAAUUUGAAAAUUCACUAGUUUAUAAAAUGGUUGAUGUUGCUUGCUCACAAAAUAUGGGCUGUGUUCUAUAAACUGUAGUUAAAAAUCAUUUCAUUUAUUUGAAUUUAACAUUUAAUGUUACUGUUUGAUGAAUUUUUUAAAUUAUGUGUUAUGUAACAACAUUGAGAACUCCAAGAAUGCUUUUUAAAAGACUCCAAGAAAUGGAGGUGGUUCUGAAUUCGUCGCGAUUUUUUUAAAUUUCAAAAUAGCAAUUUUUUUAUACAUCAUUGUCGCAUGUCGUAAAGUUAUAUAUUUAUUUAUAUAUCAUUAUUUUUGACAUUGGAAUAACUGGCCAAGCGUGUUUUACAACAACCGAACAAAUACAAGUCGGAUUACUAUACAAAAUUAAUGGAGAUAUCCUUGAACAUAUAUAAAAAAUAACAAAUAUAUAUUCGAACAUAUAACAUCCUCCUUUUUUGAAGUCGGUAAAGUAUAGCCAUUAGAUUUAACUCCAUUUGUCAUGACACGUGGGUAUUUAAGUUAUUCUGAAAUAUGUAAAUAGGCAUAUAAAUAAGUUAUACUUUUUUUAUAGUUUUGAAGUACAAUUUGUAGAUUUUUUUAAAAAAUUGUUUGUAAAUUUAAAUAAUUUAUAUUGUGAUAGUAAGUAUAAGAUUUUGAAAAUAAAUGUUUGGUAAUCUUA